GAUCUGGUGUUGCUCAGUCUGCAUCAAGAAGUCUGAAUGACUAGUCGUUCUGCAUUUAAAGUUUUUCUAUCUUCUAUCAAACUUAACUUUUCUGUUUUGAGAACAUCCUCAUUGGAAAACCAGAUGAAACUUUCAAUCCCUAGCAUUACAAGCAUGGGUCUUAAAGAGAAAAUGAUAAACGGUGAUGUUGAUGAAGUUGCUGAAACUGCAGCAAGUAUUUGCCGUGGUUAUCUGAAUGGUGCAUGGAAAAAAAUUACUUCUGGGGAUGUUACAGUUAAGAAGCUUUGCGGGGGUUUGAGUAACUGGCUUUACAUUGUAAGCUUACAAAAAGAAGCAGUUUCUCCUAAACAUGUUCUUCUUCGACUUUACGGGCAAACGCACUGUGAAGACGCUUUAGAAUCGGUGAUUACAGAAUCUGUUAUAUUCACACUUCUCUCCGAAAGAAAACUUGGCCCAAGACUAUACGGAGUGUUUCCAGGUGGAAGGAUAGAAGAAUAUAUCCAGGCUCGCCCUCUAAAGCAACAUGAAAUGUCAGAUCCAGAUAUCAGCCUCCUCGUCGCUGAAAAAAUGGCUGCAGUGCAUGUCAUGAACGUGCCCAUAAAUAAGGAACCAAGGUGGAUGUGGGAUACAAUUAAUAAGUGGCUUGAUAGUCUAAAUGAAAUUGCUCAUGACGAACUGAUCGGGGGAAUUUAUUCUGUUAAGCAGUUAAGAAGUGAAGUCGAAUGGUUAAGGCAGCAUCUGUCAAAGAUAUAUUCUCCAGUAGUUUUCUGCCACAAUGACUUACAGCAAGGAAACAUUCUCUUGCGCGAAGACACGUCUGAUCCGAGCAUAGUAUUCAUCGAUUAUGAAUACUGUUCCUAUAAUUAUCGUGGUUUCGAUUUGGCAAAUCAUUUUAUGGAAUGGCGUUAUGAUUAUAACCUCCCAGAAUGUCCUCACUUUUCCGUCAACAAGAACAACUACCCUUCGCACACGCAAAUGCUUACUUUCGUUGAAAAGUAUAUCAGCUCGAUGAGAGAAAACGGAGGAAAGUGUAAAGCGGAACAUGAUAGGGUCCAUUCGAUACUGAAGGAGGUGAAACAUUACAGCCUCGCAACGCAUCUUUUGUGGGGGCUUUGGGCUGCCAUUAAUGCUCACUUCUCUCAAAUACCGUUUGGAUACAAGGAAUUUGCCGAACACAGGUUGGAUUGUUAUUAUAUGUUGAAGAACGACAUACUAUCCAAGCAUGGCUUCACUCCUGAUAAGAUCAUCCCGGUCAAGAGAAAGAUUUUGGAAGCUGAGGAAUAAGAAGCAGAGAAUUGCAAUAUACUUCUGUUUUUAAAAUAUCAUUUCUUGUGAUAUACAUAUAUAAAAGAUGUAUGUAAGAGCCGGGGACUGUAAUGCCAUCGCAGGCGAAGUAGUACUUAAUUUGAAUAAGUACUCGACGCGCAUUUGUGAUAUUGAUUUACCUUUGACAUUUUACGACUGUUGAAUAGUCUUAGAAACUUCUGGCUGUUUUAGAUUAUACUGCUAUUAUAUUUAGUAAAAUGUCAAAUGUUUCAAAAGAAAUUAUCGAUUAUUAAUCUGUCGUUUAAUUCUUUCUUUCGAUAUAGAACCUUAUCAUCGUAAAUUUUAUCUCAUUGAAAGUAUUUAAAAUGAUACUGAAAUAUUCGAUUUGUAAUUUUAACUUGUCUAGAUUCAUUUUGUUUUACUCUCCUGUGUAGACUUUUAUUUUAAUGACAUCAUAACACAAAUGUAUAUAGAUAUUUCCAUGUUUAAGUUUAAAUUAUGCUUUUGUUCUAUAUUUGUCAGCGCAUCACAUUUGCAUUUAUAUAUAUAUUUUAAUUUUUUUUUUAAUUAUAGUUAAUUUAUAAAUAUAUAUUUUUGUGAUAUUUAGUGUAAUCACAGUAUUUAUGUAGCAUUUAUUUAAAAUAAUUUUCCAAUCUGUUACCUUGUAUAUAUAUUUAUAUUUAUUAGUAUUUGUUAAUUUAUUUUUAUAUUUAUUUCAAUUUAAUCCGACCAUUUAUUUGUAAUAUUCUUUGUAUAAAGACUGCUCUUGUACUUAUACUCUCUUGUUUCAAUAUUAAUGUUGAAACAGUGUCCCUUUUUCUGUAAUUCUUAUCAUAAUUUACCCUGUUAUAAAUAAAUACACUUUUUCAUGUUUUAUUUCAUGUUGAUU